GCACUUCUGAUUUUUACGAACACUGAAGAAUCACUUUUGAUUUUACGAACUCCAAAAAAAUGCGUGAAACAUAAUGUACAAUAAAAGAUCUGCGUGAACUUGUGUGAUUACAUAUUGUACACGUGUGGUAUCGGUUAGCAUGUUAUUUCUACUCUUAACCUGGUUACCAUAAGAUGUUGGAGCUGCGUCAGUGACUGAAGUACACAAUUGUCGGUUGAUGUUGAACGAAUCUCUGGUGUCGUUUCUUCGUCUCUUGUGUUGGAAGGACUCGAUAGAACAACUAGGUACUUGUGUUUUGUAAUCAAGGACGUGACAACAUACUUGUGAAGCACCCGUGGGGUAUAUGUUUCUUGUCGGUGCGCAGGAUAAGAACCGACAUGAUUAACUAAUGGAAUGAAAACAAUUUGCUUCUAAUGGUAAAGUUUUGCUUCGAUUGUUAACUUUGGAUUCUGAAACUGAAAUAGUCAUGAGGAAGAAACAGAUGUAUUAUUUCUCCGGAAAUGUUUAGCACCAAAAUCAUCUUGGAACACAUCAUGAAGAGUGUUUGGAACGUGAUAAGUCGCGAUAUGACGGUCUGGCAAUGUUAAAGUUCGAAUUUCCAAGAUUAAAGCUGCUUUUGUUGACAGUCUAGCUUCGUAGAAUACGUGCUGAUCGUAUUAAUGUGUCCUGUGUGUAAAUGAUGUCCAUCGACUCUACUGUAAACACAACAAUGUAUUUUACCACUACUACCGUACCCGAGGCUACAGUCUUUCAUGAAGAUGUGACCAGGUUCAACCUGCCUUUCCCUAAACCAACAGUUUCCCUCGAUGCUCGCCCCAUUGUGAUUCCUAUUGUCUCUUGUGUUAUCAGUUUUCCGUUGCUGGCUUUUGCUAUAAUUUGUGCUCUUAAGCAUAGAGCGCAGCGUCACCGAAGACGUGAGCAUAUUAGAAGACUAAAAGCAGGAGUGCGAGCAGUGACUUUGGAAAUUCCAGGAUUUCGGGAAAGACCUUUCUUUUCCCGUGAGUCAUCAUCUGAUAUUAGCCCUAAGACAAGGAACAAAUCGGAAAUCGAGUCGGAGCCGCCUUCUGGAAUAAUUUUCUCAAAACGGGCUACCAAAAAUACUCAACAACAGGUCAGAUUUUUGACUACUUCCGCUGUUUUACAUGUACCUCGAAGGACAAGCCACAAUGGACGUCUCAAGCAAGGCCUAAAGGCGGAAGUGACGUUUAGAGAAGAACCUUCUUUCAUUGAAAAUUCGGCUGAUCUUAGCGAAGAGUUAAGAGAGAUGACGUACAGAUAGCAAAAAUAGGAACUUCUCUAAUAAAAGCAAAUCUGUAUACUGCUAGGAAAAUGAGAAUGUAUUUUUUUUGUUUUUGAGAAUAAUAUAAAUGAGGAAAUAUUAUGUCAUCCGAGGUUCGACUUACCUUACAACAGAGAUCGCCUAUCCGAUGAAUUUUUACCAUUUGUAAUUGUGUGACAAAGGAAAAGUUUAAUUGGAAUUAAGUGCCUCAAAAAUAUCAAUUUCACCUUCUUGUGUCGUGUUAUUGUACUAAGGUAAAGCAAAAAUACUUCCCAACUUACAUAUGUAUGUAUAUAUAUAUAUAUGUGUGUGUGUAUAAUGUAUGCAGAUACAUAUAUUUAAUAGUUUAUAAAACAUUUCUUUAUUAAAUAUUAAUGCUUUAACGUUUUUUGUCAAAUGGUGUAUUUGAAUAUU